AUGUCUACUGUCGAAAUGAAAAAGUUUGAAGGUUGGGAGACGGCUUUGGAUCCUGAUACUCUCUGUCUCCUUUCUAUUCUGAAUUUUCAGGAGUUGGGUUAUCAUAUCAAAAACAACCACCUAAGCAAUGAAGCUGAAUUUUGUUUUGAGUCAGAAGAACAAUGCGCUAGUAAUUGGAAGCAAGCGAACCUAUCCAAAAGCGGAGUCAACCCCCCAAAUAAGAAUCGCAUCCUUCCUGAUGGUACGGCACUACCAACUCCACCACAAUCGAAUUUCACUCCGCCAAGCGGUCCUGAUGGUAUAGUGCUACCAAUUCCAUUACAAUCGGAUUUCACUCCACUACAAUCGGAUUUCAUUCCACAAAGUAAUAGUGAUAAAGUGACGGUUUCUUCACAAGUUGGAAGCAUCCUUCCUGAUGCAAGUGACAGUGAUGAAGUGAGCUUUCCUUCCUCACGAAUGACAUUUGAUGAUGAUGAUGACGACGAACCCCCUGAUUUUGACAGUUUUAUAAGCUCUGUGCCAACUAAUACACAAAAAUGGGAUUUACCCUCAGGAAAAUCCGUCAAUGAAAUUUACUUUGUAAAUGUAUCUCAAUGUGCAGAAGUAUUAAAAAAAAAGGAAAUUUUAAGUCCAGUGGAGAGAGCCACCUUGAGAUACGGCAUGUCAAAGAUCAUAGAUCUCUCGGCGCAUAUGCGAGAUUGGUUUUCCGACAUUGAUAUUCAGCACAUGACCAAAGAUCACGUGACAGCCUUAACGGUUCCUGCAUUAGAUGAAGAGGUGAACGCGUUCAUUGCGGAUGUAGAAAAGGUACAUUUGCAAAUGACAGAUCUCGGUGAAUGGGAAUUUUCAGCACAUUGUACGAAUGCAAAAGCGAUUGGGGAUCGCUGUCGUUCUGCCAGAGUAAAUCAAUCAAUAUUGAACGCCAUUUUAAGGCUAAACUUAACCAAGGAGCAAGUGAAUAAAACGAGGAUCCCUUUUUUGCAAAUUUCUGGCGUUUACGGGCAGAUGCUAUUAGAAGACUUAAUCAAUGACUUUUAUGUUGUCUUUCCUGGGAUAACAUUUGAGAUACCUACCAAAUUGGCUCACAUUAAAAAGUUGAAGUCAACGGAAAUGUAUGAAGAAGUCGAUGGCAUGCUUUAUGAACUAGACCACGGGUAUAAUUCACUCAAUCAAGUCUUCAAUGUCAAGGUUGUAAAUGGAUCAUCACAUUACAAAACAAAUUUUAUCCAUGAUCCAUGGUGGACACCAAAAAAAAAUGUUUCUUCACAAUUAAUGAUUGCAUUUGAAGAAAUGGAAAGUAAGCAAGGAUAA